AUGUCAGUCACCGUUGCAAGGACACCGGCGAAGCGCGCUCUCGCUGAGGCGUCGAAUACUCGUGUCAAUGUCCAGGCAUCGCCCCGCUCUGCAAAGAAGUUGAAGAUGGACAAUGGCAAUCCAAGAAAUGGACCCGCAAUCAAGAAUGCCAAUGAUUCCUUCAAAUCGAGCCAGGCGGCGCCAAGCCAGUUUGAAGAGACGCUGGAGAAGAUGACGCAGGACAUGGAGACGCUAAAGGGCCAGAACGCAGAAAGAGACCAACAGUGGCAUCGACCACCGCUACCGGCAGACUACAAUGAGCUGACUGAGAAGCUCGUGUUUCAGCAGAUUGAAGCCGAAGAAGGUGUGCUCAAUGGAGGCCGGCCAACGGUCAAGUUGUUUGGUGUCACAGAGGAUGGCCACUCUGUUCUUCUCCAUGUUACAGGCUUCCUUCACUACUUCUAUGUUGCCGCGCCAAUGAACUUUCAUAAGGACGACUGCCAGCCAUACAAGACUUUCCUCGAAGCCGAAUGUCAGAAACAAAUGAAUCAGCACUCGGCCAUCAUAGCCUCGGUUCAGAUGACCAUGAGGGAGAAUAUCCUGCGCUUUCAGGGCAACCAGAAAAGCCCAUAUCUGAAGAUCACCGUCAAUGACCCAAAGCACAUAGGCCGUGUCCGCACACUGGUCCAGAAGGGCUUCGCCAAUUACAAGCGAUUAUGGCCAGCUAGCGACGGUGGUAUCCUGACCUUUGAUAACAUUGCAUACGUUCUGAGGUUCAUGAUCGACACAAAGGUUGCUGGUAUGUCUUGGGUGGAAGUCCCUGCUGGCAAGUACAGGAUGAUCGAACAACGUGAUCGCCAUUCGAACUGCCAGAUCGAGGCACAGAUGCACUACAGCGAUCUGAUCGCUCAUUCUUCAGAAGGCGAAUGGGCCAAGCUCGCUCCCCUCCGCAUCCUUUCCUUCGAUAUCGAGUGCGCUGGACGCAAAGGUGUCUUCCCCGACGCCGAUAUCGACCCUGUCAUCCAGAUCGCGAACGUGGUCACCAGAUAUGGUGAGGAUAAGCCUUUUGUUAGGAACGUCUUCUGCUUGGACACCGUGAGUCCCAUUGUGGCAACUCAGGUUCUCUCGUACGAAGACGAGGGUGAGAUGCUGAUGAAGUGGCGCGACUUUCUUGAAGAAGUUGACCCGGAUGUCAUCAUUGGCUACAACACAUCCAAUUUCGAUUUCCCAUACCUUCUCGAUCGAGCCAAGCAUCUCAAACUCGCGCGAUUCCCCUACUGGUCACGCUUGAAGACAGUGCAGUCCAAGGUAGACAGCUCCAAAUUCUCGAGCAAACAGCUCGGAAAUCGGGACACAAAGACGACGAACACAAAUGGUCGUUUACAACUCGAUUUGCUCCAGCUCAUUCAACGAGAUCAUCAACUUCGAAGUUAUACUCUCAACUCUGUGUGCGCCCACUUUUUGAAAGAGCAGAAGGAAGAUGUACAUCACAGCAUGAUCACUGAACUGUUCAAUGGUGAUGCAAAUUCGCGAAGACGAUUGGCUGUGUACUGUUUGAAGGAUGCCUAUUUGCCGCAACGACUUCUCGACAAGCUCAUGUGUCUGGUCAACUACACUGAGAUGGCUAGGGUCACUGGUGUACCCUUCAACUACCUGCUUGCCCGAGGUCAACAAGUACGAUUCAUCAGUCAGCUUUUCCGGAAAGCUCUUGACCACCAGCUCAUUGUACCUGAUCUUCCCAACCAAGGUGACAGCACAGAUCAGUACGAAGGUGCGACUGUCAUCGAACCUAAGCGUGGUUACUACAAGCAGCCUGUUGCGACACUUGAUUUUGCCUCACUAUAUCCCAGUAUCAUGCAAGCGCACAAUCUCUGCUAUACAACCUGGCUCGAUAAGCAGACGGUAGAGAAACUGAAGAUGAAAAAGGACGAGGACUAUAUUGUCACCCCGAAUGGUGAUAUGUUCUGUACUGCAAAGACCAGAAAGGGGUUGCUAACGCAGAUUCUGGAGGAGUUGCUGGGUGCACGUAAGAAGGCGAAGAGAGAGUUAGCCGUUGAGACAGAUCCGUUCAAGAAGGCUGUGCUAAACGGUCGUCAAUUGGCGUUGAAGGUCAGCGCCAACUCGGUCUACGGUCUGACAGGGGCUACCAACGGAAAGCUACCCUGUCUCGCCAUCGCCAGCAGUACCACGAGUUUUGGUCGUCAAAUGAUUGAGAAAACGAAGGCGGAGGUCGAGGCAAAAUACAACAUCGCCAAUGGCUACAGUCAUGACGCAGAGGUCAUUUACGGCGAUACCGAUUCAGUGAUGGUCAAGUUUGGAACUUCAGAGCUUGCGGAAGCCAUGAGAUUAGGCCAGGAAGCUGCCGACUACGUCUCUUCGAAAUUCAUCAAGCCCAUCAAGCUCGAGUUUGAAAAGGUCUACUUCCCCUACCUUCUCAUCAACAAGAAGCGUUAUGCCGGCUUGUACUGGACCAACCCAAACAAAUGGGACAAGAUGGACACCAAGGGUAUCGAGACUGUCCGUCGCGACAAUUGCCGACUUGUCCAGACAGUCAUUGAGACAUCGUUGCGCAUGUUGCUGAUCGACCAGGAUCCGGAGGGUGCGCAGGAAUUUGUCAAGGAGACCAUUUCCGACCUCCUCCAAAAUAAAAUCGACAUGUCUAAUCUCGUCAUCACCAAAGCUCUUACCAAGCAAGAAGAUAAAGAAGGAAAAGGUGGUUAUGCUAACAAGCAAGCCCACGUCGAACUCGCAGAACGCAUGAAGAAGCGCGAUGCAGGGUCUGCUCCUGGCCUUGGUGAUCGUGUAGCAUACGUGAUGGUGCGAGCUGCCACCGGUGCGCGCAAUUUCGAGAAAUCUGAAGACCCCAUCUACGUGCUCGAGAACAACCUGCCGAUUGAUACACGCUACUAUCUGGACAACCAGCUUGCAAAGCCCUUGGGCCGUAUCUUCGAGCCCAUCCUCGGCGAGAAGAAGGCGAAUUCGCUACUGACAGGCGAACACACGCGCUCCAUAUCCGUCGCUGCGCCCACCAUGGGCGGUCUCAUGAAAUUUGCAAAGAAGACGCAGACAUGCAUGGGCUGCAAGAAGCCCCUCACCGCUGCACAUGAAAAGGAAGGCGCCGUGUGUGAAAAUUGCCGGCCCCGCAUUGGCGAACUGUACCAGAAGACGCUGUCCAAGGUCAGUGAGUUGGAAGUCCGAUUUGCCCGACUCUGGACCCAGUGCCAAAGAUGCCAGGGCAGUGUGCAUUGUGAAGUCAUUUGCGCCAGUAGGGAUUGCCCGAUUUUCUACAUGAGGAUGAAGGCGCGCAAGGACGUUGAGGAUGGGGGAAAGGAAUUGGUGCGGUUCGACAAGGAUGCUGCGCUUUGGUAG